UACCGUGAUUGUAACAGAAACGAGAUCUGCUCCGUCCACGUGAAACCAGUCGUAAAUUUACAGUAGUUGUUUCCAUUGUCAAAAAGUUUUGUUGCGUGCAUCGUAGCUGCGCGCGUGGCCGAUCGAGGAAGAAGACUUUUGUGCCUUCCACGCCGGGCACCGCCACUUUAUCAUGAUUAAAUUAUUCUCAUUAAAACAGGCGAAAAAGGAUGGCGAAUCGCCAAAAGCUGGCACUCAAAAGAAGGCAUCUGCAGCACAACUGAGAAUCACAAAAGACAUAAAUGAACUUAAUCUUCCAAAAACAUGUGGGACAGAGUUUCCUGAUCCAGAUGAUCUUCUUAGCUUUAAACUAAUUAUUUGUCCAGACGAGGGAUUUUAUAGAGGUGGUCGAUUUGUCUUCAGUUUUAAAGUCGGACCAAAUUAUCCUCAUGAGCCGCCUAAAGUAAAAUGUGAAACACAAGUUUAUCAUCCUAAUAUUGACUUAGAUGGCAAUGUGUGUCUGAAUAUUUUAAGAGAAGAUUGGAAACCAGUUCUUACAAUUAAUUCUAUUGUUUAUGGAUUACAAUAUCUUUUUUUGGAACCAAAUCCAGAAGAUCCAUUGAAUAAAGAUGCUGCAGAGGUUCUGCAAAAUAAUAGGAGAGCAUUUGAGCAGAAUGUAGCAAAAGCAAUGAGAGGUGGCUAUGUUGGCGCGUUUUAUUUCGAACGAUGUCUCAAGUGACAUUAACGUACACUUUAUUCGAGGACACAUUGCGGAGAGAGAUCGAGAGUAGAACUCUUUCAUGCUCUAAACAUGUUCCUCUCGUCCAUCUCAUUCGUUUUAUCGGACCUCUCUGCGUCUUCAUGAGUGCUUCGUACCUUUGGUCAAUAAACCAUCGGUUAAAAAAGGCCACCGAUGUGCUGUUUUCUCAGAGUUGUGGGAUACUUUUUCUCCUUUCUUUAUUUUUUUUCUUUUAAAUGUAAUAAAAAAUUGAAAUUGUAUUUACAUUUGCAAUCUUUUACUCAAUUGGUAAUAUAUAAUUAAAACAAAACAUUGUUAAAUAAAGAUUGUUAAAAGUUGUUUUUAGAAGUACAUACAAAUUGCUUUACUGCUUUACCUAGAUAUACUUAUUAAAAGAUUAAAU